CGAGAGGCGCUCGGAAUUCGGAACUCGGGCGACGGAGGUCGGAAUCUUUCAUCAGCCUGGGAGGGUGAAGUUUGAAAACAGGCUGCAGGCUAAGAAGCUCUGGAGGCUGAGCCAGCAGCUGAUUUGGAGGGACGGCUCGAGUUCCCGUUCAGAUGUUUUGGGUUGUCUGAAAUUGGGUUAGGAUUCCCAGGUUCAUGUGCUGAACAACAGCUCUUAGGUUUAUGUAAAGCUUUUGCAUUACUUCGGCAUCUUAACUCCUUUGGCUGGGCUCUUUGGAAGCCCCAGUGCCCUCUUAUUGUCUGCUCUAGCGACUUAGGAUCGCACCAGCCACACUGCUUUGAUUACUUCCUGGUAGGGCCCUGGUGCCGCCGCUGGAGUCUUUGUUUAUUAGCUUUGAGAUGAUCAAUGGUAGCUUGAGGUGUAGUGUAAAAUUUGAAUUGUGCAUUUCAAAAACCUUAAGUUCAUUUGAAGAAAUAAAGGAAAAGAGCAAUGGUACGAUUUAGGUGUGUGACAUUUUUCGUUGCGGUUUGGAGCUGGGGAGGUAUUUUGGAGAAUGCCUUAACACUUUUGACAGGUUACUUCUUAAAUGGUGAUUAUGUCCUUGGAGAGAAACAUCUGCAGCGCCACAGAGAAACAAGUAUUCGUAUUCUACGGUUAGGAAUAGAAAUAACUGCAGUUUUUUGGAGCUCUCAAAGGUUUGAUGCUUUGCUUGGCUUUGUAAAGUCAGAUUAUCUUUUUCUGCGUGAAGCCUUUAAAGAUUAACUGGUUAAUUGGUUUUACAGUGCAGUAUUGCAAUUUUUUUUUAUGAGGGUGCAGAAACCAGUAUAAAUUAGCUCUCACCUAAGAAUUUAUCUUCCACAGUGAAUGCUGAGUAUGGAAAAACAAAUAAGGUGUAUCAAAUUGCUUUUCAAAUUGAUUGGGGGUGUCUUAGCUAUAAUUGUAGCUAUCGCUAUGGUGCUAAAACUGUAACUUUUAAUUUUUUUUGCCCCAAGAGAUUUAAAAAAAACAAAUGACGGAAGUAAACACUAGGAAGAGCAUAUCUUGUGAAGAAUGAUGCUCUUGAUCAUCUGUAUACUUCAGGGAUACUAAUGGGACAGCGCACUAUUGGCUUUAGCUUUAUAGGAAACAGCUGCAUUUUCAUAUCUUCUUCUGCAUUCAGUCUCUUGAGGUAUCAUACAUCAUGUAGACUCUGGAAAACUCCACUGCACCCUUGUGAGAGAAUGAAGGGAGAAAGGCCUGUAAGGCAAGAGCAGUAUAGUAGGGACCAGAACUUGGAAGAGCUUGGUGUCUUAAACUAGGAAACUAGGAAAUUUGAAAUUUCAACAAGUGUUUAUUGAGCACAUACUACAUGCCAGUGUGCCGCUCCAACAAAAGCCCCUGGGUCUGUUUGACUUGUUCAAGUGUCCAUUGUGGAAGGUAUGUGAAUGGCCAUGCAAAAAAACAUUAUGAAGAUGCACAAGUACCCUUAACUAAUCAUAAGAAAUCAGAAAAGCAAGAUAAACCUCAGCAUACAGUAUGUAUGGAUUGCAGUAGCUACAGUACAUACUGUUAUCGCUGUGAUGAUUUUGUGGUUAAUGACACCAAGCUGGGACUGGUACAGAAAGUCAGAGAACACUUACAGAACUUGGAAAACUCAGCUUUUACAGCUGACAGGCAUAGGAAAAGAAAACUUUUGGAAAACUCAUCACUAAACAGCAAGUUAUUAAAAGUAAAUGGAAGCACUGCUGCCAUCUGUGCCACAGGACUCCGGAAUCUGGGGAACACAUGUUUCAUGAACGCCAUCCUUCAGUCACUCAGUAACAUUGAGCAGUUUUGCUGUUAUUUCAAAGAACUGCCCGCUGUGGAGUUAAGGAAUGGGAAAACAGCAGGAAGGCGAACAUACCACACCAGGAGCCAAGGGGAUAACAAUGUGUCUUUGGUGGAAGAGUUUAGAAAGACACUUUGUGCUUUAUGGCAAGGUAGCCAGACUGCAUUUAGCCCAGAGUCCUUAUUUUAUGUUGUUUGGAAGAUUAUGCCAAAUUUUAGGGGCUAUCAGCAACAGGAUGCCCAUGAAUUCAUGCGCUACCUUUUGGACCACCUGCACUUGGAACUCCAGGGCGGUUUCAACGGUGUUUCCCGCUCAGCAAUUCUACAGGAGAAUUCUGCUCUAUCUGCAAGUAACAAAUGUUGCAUGAAAGGGAUUUACAAGACAAACUCCCCAAAGACAGAAAGAAAAGAAAAUGGAGCAUCUACAGUUGUCACAGCUAUAUUCGGAGGUAUUCUCCAAAAUGAGGUUAACUGCCUCAUAUGUGGGACAGAAUCUAGAAAGUUUGAUCCAUUCCUAGACCUUUCAUUAGAUAUUCCAAGUCAGUUCAGAAAUAAGCGCUCAAAGAAUCAAGAAAAUGGACCAGUUUGUUCAUUACGAGAUUGUCUUCGCAGUUUUACUGACUUAGAAGAACUUGAUGAGACAGAGUUAUAUAUGUGCCACAAAUGCAAAAAGAAACAAAAAUCCACUAAAAAGUUUUGGAUUCAAAAACUACCCAAGGUGCUAUGCUUACAUUUGAAACGAUUUCAUUGGACUGCAUAUUUAAGAAACAAAGUUGAUACCUAUGUAGAAUUUCCCCUGAGAGGCCUGGACAUGAAAUGCUACUUGCUAGAGCCUGAGAACAGUGGCCCAGAGCACUGCCUGUACGACCUUGCCGCUGUGGUGGUUCACCAUGGUUCCGGGGUCGGUUCUGGACAUUACACAGCCUAUGCAACUCAUGAAGGUCGCUGGUUUCAUUUCAAUGACAGUACUGUAACACUGACUGAUGAAGACACCGUUGUGAAAGCAAAGGCCUACAUCCUUUUCUAUGUGGAACGCCAGGCCAAAGCUGGAUCAGAUAAACUUUAAUACCUCCUUUAAAUCAUUGUUUUUGUCAAAUAUACCGGACAAACAUUUCCAAUUUUCCAUAAAUACUUGAUCCAAGAUUUGAUUUCAUUAUGCACUUUUCAAUUUCCUAUUUUGGGUUUAGUUUUAUUUUGUCAAUGGUAGUGACGUAUUGAACAUGGGCACCAACUAAUUUGUUUUUUUUUUUUUUAGUUCUACCAGAAAACCUCAGCAGAUAUUUUGAUUUGCUGCUUUAGUUGUAAUAAUUCAGUUUUUUAUGUAGUUUCAAGAACUUAGUUCUAUUUGACUUUUUUAUAUUAAUGUUUUCGGUUCUCACUUUGAGGCACAUUUACAUCAAUGCUUUGUUACAUUCACAUGCUGAAAGCAAGAUGUGUUCCUGAUUGGGAAGAGCAACAGAACACCUGCUGCCUUUCACAGCUGUGAUGGAAAUCAGGUUGAUGGGAGAGCCGGGAUCAUGUGUACACAGAACUUGUGGCCCACGGGAUUUCAGUGACUGCUCCGUAAUCGUUCCUUUUGAUUGUACAAGAGAACUGGGAGGGCAUCAUUAAGCAGGUCAGGUAAUUGCUGCUCUUGGUAGCUCUCAAGGUUGCUGUUUAUCAGCACUAACUAAAUAAAUUUGUUGGUUCAGUUGUACCUGUACUGCAAAUUCAAGAAUUACUCCUUUUGAGUUUGUUUUGUUCUGGAAUAUCUUUUGAGUGUGUAUUUGUGUUCAUGGAGAUAGGAGUACAGAAAAGUCCAAAGAAGACCAAACACAUUCAGUGUUUAAAAAUCUCAGACUCCGCUACACAGUGUAGAUAUUAUCCAGUGAGAGGAAACCAUAGCUUCUGUUUGCCUUUUGAACCAGCAUCUAGUUCCCCCACUGGCUAUCGUGCUGGGAAUAACUGCUUGUCCACUUUUGUCUUAUUUCUUGCUUGGCCAUCGGAGGUCAAGAUGCUGACCUCCAGAGUAGAUUCUGACCUUCACCUACAUUUUAGGUACCACUAUGGGGUCUGCUCCUACAGAAGGAGAUUUGAGUCUUUGCUCCUUUGGUCUUUAACAACCCUCACUGGCCUAACCUGAUAGCAGAGCAAACUGAAAAUAUUCUCACUUUGAAUAGUUUCUAUUCUUGAGUUUAGUAGUCUUUGUUUUAAAAUUGUUUUUGAGAAAAAUAGGUACAAGCACUAUUAAGAUUGAACCCAAGUUGAAAUUUGGAACCAGAAUUACAUCUAAGGAAGAUAACUGAUUCUGCAAGGGGUCUAAGCCAAUCUCUUGGGGGGUAGGGGUGGGGGGCAGUACUUGGCAGGUUGUGGAGAGCAAGUGCGCACUCCCUGAAGGGCUCUAGCAUGGGACCGUGCACUGCUGUCAGCACAUCUCUUGUUCCAGUCACUAGUUUCUUCUCUGUUCUCUCCAAGUUGCUAUGAGGGGCAGAAUGUCUUUCAUAUUAAGCCAGCUAGCUGAAAUUUUUGGUAAUCUUGUUUCUUCUAUUAAAAGAAAAAUAAACCCAAGUUUUUUGGUUUAUUUAUUUAUUUUUUUUUAAGUGCAUAAAUAAUCUGAUAGCUGUCCUCCUGGGUCAGAUACUUGAAGUUGCAGGAGCAGGUGUGGCUCCUUUUCCAUUUUAAUAUUUGCUAGAUAAAUCCUGUCUUUUUCUCAGGGCAGAAAUCAGCAAUCGAACACUUUUUACUAACCACAGUUACGGCUCAAUUUGUACUAUCUGGUAUGGCGGUCACUAGUCACCUGUGGUUAAGUUUUAAUUAAAAUGAAGUUUAAAACCCAGUUCUUCAGUCAUACUAGCUACAUUUCAAGGGCUCAGCAGCCACAUGUGGCAGAGGAUGCCUAGGCUCAGGUGGUCCCAUCAGCGUGUAGGGCUCCUGGACCGCACUGGUCUGCAUUUCCACUCCAGAGAAGCAAGCUUUGCUGUCAUGUUUAGGUCUUACAACUUAAACAUGAAGUCCAGAAGAUAAUUAAGAGGGAAACAUGUGUUUAAAUUAGUUUACAAUGCUAAAUUAUAUGAGGUUGAACCAUUAGAGAUUGUGAUAUUUAACCUUUUGAUCUAAAAGUGAAAGUUCUACAUAAUUGGACCUAAUACAGCAACACAUUAACACCACAUACUGUUGAACUUAGAAUGUGCCUCUUCCUUGAUCUGUUCAGUAUCUCCUGUGAAUACAGCCUCUUUUGUGUAGAAGGCGUACAGCUGGGACUUCGAACAUUUGUACUUCCCUUGUUUCUCUGAGUGGGCAGCUCAGAGGACUUCAGCAAUGUAGCCUUGGGCAGUGUUGAUAUUGGUGGAGAAAAAUGGUCUUUUUAUACCAAAGGGAACUUCCCGACAGCCAGACUACUUUGAUGGGGAAAGUGGUCCUCAGACCGGCAGCACUGCUGGCUUAAGAGUUGGACACAUCUCCUCUUUGAAUUUCUGGAGUGUUUUUAUUGCUUGAUUUCACUUAAGCAGAAAUGUUUGAAUGACAUUAUGAAGGCUCCUUUGGAAAAGUGAUUGGAUCCAUUGGAAUUGUGCAUUUGAACACCAGUGAUGUAAAUGUGCCUAUUUGUAUUUAAAAAAAUUCAACUGUGUAGCCUUAUCACACCUAAUUUAAAAAGCUGAUCUUCGAAUGCUCUUCAGGGCUUGUCCCUGGGGCCAUGCUGGCUCUGCGUGGGGGGCUUCUGGCGCAGAGACCACAGCCGGGGCAGUGCCUCGCUCUGGCAACUGGCUCCCUGGAACAAGAAAACUUCCUCAGAAGUCCUCCCACACAGGUGGGUGAUGGAAACAGUCUGUGGCAACACAAAUCUCUCUCCAUGGUGGAGAAACCUUUGCUUAUCCACUGUAUUCUACUCAGUGUCUAGUGAUGACAUAUGUAAUAGAAUUAAACCAGUAAAGUGUACAGGCCCUGGUUAAGUGUUAAAUGUGUAUCUCACCCGGGGAACUUACUCAGCGGCGUGGUUUCUGGGGUUGGGGACAGAUUUGUUUCUAAAAGCCAAACCUCUCAUUGGUUGAGUGUACAUAACUUUAUUUAGAUACACUUCUCCCACCGCAGCCCCAGCAUCCCCUCCGUUCCCUCCCACACCCUGUUGUUGCCGUGGCCUCUCCACUUGGGCCCUGGAAGGGCUCAGGAGCAGCUGUGCUACAACUGGGGCAAGGGUCCCGGGAGACCCAGGCGCAGCCACAGGAAUGUGCCCACGGUGCAGGAAGAGGCUGGCACCCUCGGGUGGGGGGGUGCCGUGGUGCUAGGUCCCAGCCUUGCGCACUGGGGUAACCCCGCCCUUGGUCCCAGCGACGGGCUCCGGACCCUCGCCGGCCAGUGCUGCCUGGGUCUCCGGUGAGCAUCCGCCGUGGAAGCCCAGUUUGUACGACGCGAGAAGAUUAUCGGUGCAAGCGACUGGCCGCAUUUACCUUGUAGUCACAGCCCUUUUCUGCUUCACCAACCUGAACUCUUUUAUGGAUGAAAGUAUCAUUAAAGUUCUGGUCUCUUUC